GAAAGCAAAACAGCAGGUGGAGAGCUAAAACCAGGCAGCUCAGAACGCAUUGGGAGGAAAUUCUACGGAGGAAAAAUUUAAGUAUCUGUUCUUUUAAGCUGAAGAGGGACUGAAAAUAUAAUGAGGCCCAACGCUGCCUGUCUGGCUGUCAUUUGAGUGUGCGAGUGCACAUGAGAGCAGUGUUUGUUUGCGAAGCGGAGGUGAGGUAAGGCAUCAGAGUAAUGGAAGAGAGGUUAGUGGAGAGGGCCGGAGCUGCCAAGGUGAAGCCGAGCCGCUUGACCGCCCUACAGGAGCAGCUGAUCUGGGCCCUGCUGGAAUCUGGACUGUCCCGAGACAUCCUGGUCCAAGCCAUUGGGGAACUGGAGCGGGACAGGGUGAGUGCUGGCGCCGAGAGAGGAGAGAGAGGGGAUGGAGAGAGCUCGGAGGAAGGAGAAAUGGAUUUCCCACCGCCUAUAUUCCGAGAGCUGGAGAAGCUUCUCCCAGAGGAGGCGGCCAAACUGAGGGCUGAAGUUGACCAGCUACUGCAGGAGGACCCAUGGCAUGUUGCUAAAAUUGUGAAAAGCUACAUGCAGCAGCACAACCUCCCUCAGAGAGAGGUGGUGGAGUCAACAGGACUCAACCAGUCCCAUCUCUCCCAGCACCUCAACAAAGGCACGCCCAUGAAGAACACGAAGAGAGCCUCUCUGUACACCUGGUACGUCAAGAAGCAAGGCGAGAUCAGCCAGCAAUUUACCAAUGCCAAACAUGGCCUUGGAUCUGCAGAGGAGCAAGGAGAGGAGACCAGGAAGGGGCGGAGGAACAGGUUCAAAUGGGGUCCAGCAUCCCUGCAGAUCCUCUUCCAUGCCUACGAACGACAGAAGAACCCCAGCAAGGAGGAGAGAGAGGGUCUAGUUGAGGAUUGUAACAGGGCAGAGUGUCAUCAGAGGGGGGUGUCUUCCUCCCAGCUUGCUGGCUUGGGCUCCAACUUGGUUACAGAGGUCCGGGUGUACAACUGGUUCGCCAACCGGCGCAAAGAGGAGGCAUUCCGUCACAAACUGGCUCUCGACACACCUUAUACCAGCCAAUCCGCUUCCUCCUCUCACCCCAACCUCCCACCAAGUCCUGAGCACGGUGUCAAAUACAGCCACCAAAUCAUGUGCGACACCGUGAGCUCAGCUAGAGGAAGCAUAGGGGACAGAGUGGGUCAUCUGGUGGUCAGCCCUAUCCAACUGGAGCCCAGCCACACACUCCUCGAGACACAUAACUCUAAGUUGGUGUCCAGCGGUGGCCCGCUGCCCCCAGUAAGCACUCUGACCUCGCUGCACAGCCUGUCUGCCUCCCCUGCUUCGUCACAGGGCCUCAUCAUGGCCUCACUGCCCAGUGUCAUGAGCCUGGGGGAGUCCUCACUUCUCAUUGGUUUAGCCUCCACGCAGCCUCAGACUGUGCCUGUUAUCAACAACGUCGGGGGAAGUUUCACCACUCUCCAGCCAAUCUCGUUCCAGCAGCAGCUUCACGGCUCUCCCCAGCAGCCAAUAUCACACCACUUCCAGAGCUACAUGGGGGCCAGUCCCUUUAUGGCAACUAUGGCGCAACUGCCGUGUCACAUGUACAACAAGUUGGAUUCACCGCAGUACCAUACGUCCAGUCUGCUGUCUCAAGCCAUGGUCAUCACCGACAGCAGCAGCCUGGGGACGCUGACCAGCCUCACUGCUGUCAAACAGAUUCUAACAGCAGAUCCUGAGGAACAGACGGACUCACCUUUACAAGAAGACUCUCUACAUCUGCAGCCGCACACACCUGUGCCAGCUUCCGAGAGCCUUGAGAUGUAUCCCACCUCUCAGACGACAGAAAGUCAUCAGUCUCACCUUCUCUCACCUUCACAAACAGACAUCAGCUCCUACAUCCCUACACAAAUGGUCUCUACUGCACAGUAGAAGUGCUCUGGCAAUGUCUCCUCACUAUCAGCUGGACUUUGUGUUUAGGAUGGACAGCUACCUCUGGUGUAACUUUCCAGAAAACCCUGGAGUCAGGGACCACAGGGAUGAUACAGCUUUGAUGAUUCAAAGACUCUCUGAAUCUCCGUAACACUGUAAUACAAACAAGGAAUGACAUUAGAGAAGAUUCACUUUUGAUACAACAAUAAACUGAAAAAUCAACA